UGGAGCCACACCAGCCGACUCCAGAAUAUCACUUCUCCGCAGAAAUAGAGCACGUGCUUGAUUGAUAAAGGUUUAUUCUGUAAGUAUUGGUAUUACCGGCUGCUGUGACGGGAAACUAGGCGGGUCGUUACUGACGCACAUCUGCUGCAUUGUCACUCUGGAUCCCUUUUCCAGCUUUGAACUCCCGGGAUUCACUCUCGCUGAAUAUCAGUACUGUAUUCCUGCGAUGAACACCGCGCGACUGAACCCACAGGAAUAUUUUAAGGAAUAACCUCGGGGAAACAUGGAAUAAUACGAAUACAUAACAUUUAUUCAGGUGUGGUGAAUGAGCGAGUGACUCUCUCUCUCUCAGGUGUGGUGAGCGAGCGAGAGCAUCAGGAUGCCGCUGGUCAAGCGCAGUAUUGAGCCUCGUCACCUGUGUCACACAGCUCUGCCACACAGCAUCAAGAACGAGCUGGAGUGUGUGACCAACAUCUCUCUGGCCAACGUGAUCCGUCAGCUGAGCAGCCUGAGUAAAUAUGCGGAGGAUUUGUUCGGAGAGCUCUUUAAUGAAGCUCAUUCCUUCACUUUUCGAGUGAAUUCGCUUCAAGAGAGAGUCGACCGCCUGUCAAUCAGCGUCACUCAGCUCGACCCUAAAGAAGAGGAGUUGUCUCUUCAGGACAUCACCAUGAGGAAGGCCUUCCGCAGCUCCACCAUCCAGGACCAGCAGCUGUUCGAGCGUCAGUCUCUUCCCGUCCCCAUGCAGGAGACGUAUGAGCUGUGCGAACAACCUCCGCCGCUGAACAUCCUCACGCCCUACAGGGAUGAUGGGAAGGAAGGGCUGAAGUUCUACACCAACCCGUCGUACUUCUUCGAUUUGUGGAGAGAGAAGAUGCUGCAGGACACAGAAGACAAGAGGAAAGAGAGGCGGAAACAGAAGUUGCAGGAUCCCCACAUGUAUGAUCAGGUCUAUAAAUAUCUAGAGCUUCCAGUGCAGCUGAAGAACAUCGACCGUCCUCAUGACCAGGAGAAGAUCCCGCGAGCGCCUCACGACCGCAGGAAGGAGUGGCAGAAGAGGGCGCUGGGGGCGGAGCUUGCCGAGGACGAGGCCGAAGACAAACAGAAGGAAGCCAACGAAUCAGCAGCCUUCCAGGAGCCCAGGCAAGCGUACAUCGAUCAGCUGGACGGACCGUUCUCUCUGGCAGCGCUGCCGUACUCUCAGAUGAACGAGCUCCUGAACCGUACGGGAGACAGAAGCUACGGCCGCCCGCAUGAGCCUCCGCCACCGCCACCGACUCACCCUCCGGGCUCCGUUAUCAGCUCCAGCUCAGGUUUCUCGGACAGCAUUACGCAGUCUCCGGCUCGCAUGCCUGUCUUCCUCAACUCAAAUGCCCCGCCCCCGGCUCCGCCCCCUCUACCCCCACCCCCUCCUCCCCUGCCUGCAAGCCAAUCAGGUUCAAGAAUGCGUGGUUCAGCCCCGCCUCCAAUCCCUCCCUUACCUUCCCUGCAGCCCCCGGCCAUCCCCCCUCCCCCUGCCCCCCUUCAGAUCGCCCCGGGGGUUCUGCACCCCGCCCCCCCUCCAGUGGCUCCGCCCCUUCACUCCUCCCCCGCCCGCGGACAGCUUGACAAGACUCCGCCCACAGCUGGAGACGGAGCGGUUUUGCCACCUCCUCCGCCUCCUCCUCCCCUGCCCCUCCCAGGAAACAGAAGCUCCUCCCCCUGCACAUCCUCAGGCCCGCCCACCAUGCCUUCCUUCCCAUCAGGAGCCAUUUCGUCGCCGCCCACUCACUCGGGUCACGAGGUCAAGAGGUAUCAAUCCAACCUGCCGCCAAUCAGCGAUGCCCGCAGCGUUCUAUUGGAAGCCAUCCGUAAAGGGAUCCAGCUGAGGAAGGUGGAGGAGCAGCGGGAACAAGAGGCCAAACACAAGCGCGUGGGGAACGACGUGGCCACCAUCCUGUCGCGCCGCAUCGCUGUGGAGUACAGCGACUCCGAGGACGAGGACGAGUUCGACGAGGUCGACUGGACAGAAUGAGAGACAGACGGACGUUCCUUCUUCCCAAUAAGAGUUUUCCCUCCAACAGUCUCCGAUCAGUCGUGCUCUAAUUCAGGAAACGGCACACGACUCGAUCCAGUGUUCCCAGAAUGCUUUGCUUCAAUGUUUUUUAGCCACUUGUUGUGCAACUGAUGAAGGAAAAUAACCCGGUGGGGAUGUCAUAUUUCUUUCAUUUGAGUUUAUCCGUCUUUUAUUCUCAAUAGGAAGAACAAACCUGUUAUUGUUCAGCACGAGACAACAGCGUCCUCUUCUGGACACGACGGGAACGUCGCAAUGCGGCAGAUCAGAAUGUGAUGGAUGAUUAUUAAACACUUUCUACAUCAUCUCCAAACCAUUCUUCCAUUUCAGAGAUGUGUUGUUUGAUGGAUCGUUAUUAUUAAUGGGUCAAGAUUACUAAAAUACAGGACGUAAUCUCUUUUACAAGUUAUAUUUCACCUCACAAUAAUGUUUGUAAAAUAUUUAAUUUACAUUUAAAUAUAUAUAUAUUUUUUUCUUCUUUUUUCUUCUUUUUUUCACAUUGUGAUCUUUGAUGAAGAAUUAAUUUUGUUGUACACUACAUUUUCUUUUAGAUAUAUAUAUAUUAAAAUUUUAAAUAUUUAAAAUUUUCCUCCAAAAUAUUAAAUAAAUUUUUAAAAGGUAAACAUGAAUUAUAAAACUGACAUUUAGUCCUAUAAUUUUUUUUUUUUUAAUUUUUUUUUCAUUAAUAUAAUUUUUUUUUUUUUUUUUUCUAAAUUAUUUAUUUGUUUUUGGGGUGAAAUGUGACAUGUUUUCAUGAGAUUUUCAUAUUAAAUAAUAUUGACACCUUCCCAUAAAGGUCAAACAAAACAUAUUGUGGCCUUUUUUUGGGUCUAUAAAUUGUAAUUUAUUGCAUUUCUCAAUUUAAUAUAUAUAUAUAUAUAUAUAUAUAUAUAUAUAUAUAUAUAUAUAUAUAUAUAUAUGAGAGCAGACUUUGUGAUGAGCGAGAGAUGAAAGCAAACGCUCGUCGUCUGUCUGUCUGUCUCUGUUGGGACUGAACGCUGGUUUCUCUUUCUUAGGCCUUAUGUUUUGUAUAAAUGUUGAUGAGUUGAAUGUAUUGUGCUGUUACUACUUCUGCCUGCAUUUCUCCAGCGUUCGCUGUUUCUAUGUUCCAGACGGAAAAAAGAGACUCAGUCAAAACAAAGAUUAAACAUGAUUUAAAAUACUGUAUACCGUGUAACGUAAUUAACAGUUUACUGUAACAGUUUGCUUGAAUUAAUAAAAACUGAUGCUCAAGGUU